AUGUCAACGAUGACCGAUAUAAAUAUGAUAACAAACUAUUCUGCUGAAGAUAUAGAACGAAUUAUUAAUAGUUUCUAUUCUCCUACAUCUCAAUUAACUAUAGAACAACGUCAACAAUUAAAUGCCAUUCUUGAAAAUUUACAAUAUUCAAAAUUAGCAUGGGAUUUCUCAUGGAAACUAUUAGAUAUCAAUAAAUCUGCAAGUGUACAAUUUUUCGGUGCUGUUGCUCUUUGUAAUAAAAUUUCAAAACAUUUAUCCGAAUUAGAUGAUAAUCAAAUUCAACAACUUUUCCAACAACUUAUUCAACGAUUAAUUUUCUAUAUUUCGAUUCAUUCAAAACAGAUUAUUACAAAAUUAACUGUUGCUUUAGAUCAUUUAAUUUUGCAUAUGAUACCAGACAAAUGGAAUAAUGGUAUCAUAACUAUUGUUAAUUUAUUUACACAAUCUCAAAAUGAAUUUUUACUUCAACAUCCGGAAAAAGGACACCUAAUUGUAUUGAAUAUUUUAACUAUAUUGCCUGAAGAAUUUUCGCGCAUUAAUGUAUCAAAAUCUCAACGUUCGUUAAUUCGACUUGAACUUGAAAAAGAAUUUCCUAAUGUUCUUAAUUAUCUACAAUUUAUUAUUUCGACUUAUAAUCAAACAGAUAUUCUUGGUAAAAUAUUUUCUUGCCUAUCGAAAUGGCUUGAAUUUGGCAUAUCAAUCCUUCAAAUUGAAAUACUUUUUGAAUAUUUAUUUAACUCAUUAAAUAAUGAAAAUCUAUUUGAAGAUGUUUGUGAUUGUCUUACGGUUCUAUUUACUUCACCUGAUGCAUUAAAAUAUCCAUCAACAUUUUCUCGUUUGUUUCCUUAUAUUCUGCAAUUUGAAAUAAUACUUGAUCAAUGUUUAACAGCAGGAAAUAAAGAAAAAGCUGAAUGUAUAACGAAAUUACUCACACAAUUUGGUGAGAAUCUUGCUCAACUUAUCGUACAAAUGUCGACGACACCAAACUCACAAAUGCUUGCACAUAAUUUUUGUCGUCUUGUUAUGAAAUGUACGGAGAUCAAAGGGCAAUAUCCCAUUGAUGAAACAUGUUCAAUAAUAGCAUUAGAAUUUUGGAAUACAUUAGAAGAAGAAGUUACUUCAAUCAAUGAAAAAAUAAAUCAAGAAGCUCGAUUAGAAUUCUUCCGUCCGUAUUUUGAAUAUUUGAUUGAAGUGUUAAUAUUAAAAGGACAAUUACCAGCUAAUGAGAAUAUAUUUACCAAUGAAGAUAAAGAAACAUUUCGGUGCUAUCGUUCGGCUAUCAUAGAAACUAUGAUAUGUAUGCAUAAUGCUCUCGAUAAAAGAGCGAUGAAAGUAUUACUCAAUCGUUUAUUAAUAUCUAUUGAGCAAAGUCAACCAUGGCAAAUGCAAGAAUCAAUAGUCCAAUUAACUGGUGCUGUAUCUGAAUGUAUUUCACCUGAUGAGAAUCAAGAUUUGCCGCAUAUUUUUUCACUCUUACCAAAAUUAAAUUUUUCAAAUAGUUUAAUUAUGAAUACUACGUUGAUUGUUUUAGGAAAAUAUAGUAGUUGGCUAGGCAAUCAUCCUGAUAUACUGCAACAUUGUGUACAUCUAUGUAUAAAUGCUUUAUCGAAUCCAGAACUAAUUCAAUCGGCUUCGGUUGCUUUAAAAGAAUUAAUUAAAGAAAAUCGAAUGUAUAUGUCGAAAUAUUUGAAUGAUAUUUUUCCAAUUAUGAAAAAUGUUCUUGAGAAUGUUCAUGUUCAGGAAGAUGAUCGUAUUCGGUGUUUAUCAAUUAUUGGUUAUAUGCUAUCGGGACAUCCGUCGAAAAUUGUGAUUGAUCAUUUGAAUAUUAUACUUGUACCUGAAGUGAAUAAAUUAUUCGAUUAUUUAUCAAAAACAAACAAUAAUCAGGAAAAUAUUUGUACAACAUUAAAUUUUAUAUCUGUACUUCUUGUUGCGAUUGGUUAUUAUGGUGAUCAAAAUGAUGGCGAAGAAAAUGAACAAAAAUAUCAAACAGUAAAAAAUCCGAGUAAUAUAUCUGAAGUGUUAUGCUGUAUUCUUCGUGAUCUUGAUCCUAUUCUUCAAAUGAUUGUUAAACAAUAUACGGAUGAUUUUCAAGUCACAGAAAAAAUUUGUGAAAUUCUUACAAGAAUAGUAACCAUAUUGAGAGAAGCAAGUAGUCUAGUAUUAAAUAUAUUUGUUCAACUUUUACAAAAUAUGGGACCAACGAUAUUACACGAUGGAUUUUUAAGUUUAGUUCGAAAUAUUCUUCUUCUGUUUUCAAAAGAUGUUGAUAAACCAGUGUUUAAUCUUUUUCUCAUUGUUCUGCAAAAAAUUCGAUGCCUAUUCAAUGGAGAUAUACAACGGUUAAAAAAUCAUGUCGAUACGAUAGAAGAUGUUGCUAAUUUCUUUAGUCAGGUUAUAAAAAAAUUGCCAAAUGUUGUACAUCAAUGUCCUGAGGAAGCAUUCAUUCUAUUCAUCGAAUUCAUAAAAAUUGGUAUUCAAUUACAUGAACAAGGAACAUUAAAAAGUAUAUCAACAUUUACUUCUAAUUUUAUUGAAUAUACAAAAUCAAAUCAUCAAGCAGCAAACCUUCUACAACAAAAUGGACUUGAAAUAGUUCAAAUUCUAUUCAAGUGUAUCGGUGGAACAAGUCCUCAUCAUCUAAUAGAACAUUUAUCAUUACCUCUUUUUACUCUAUCAAAAACAUAUUUUGAUUGGACAAUAUGUUGGGUUCAACAAUGCUUGAAUGAUCCAAAUUUCCCAACACCAUCUGCUAGUCGUCAUCAUCGUGAAACACUAUUGAAAAUGUUAACAGCUAAACACACUAGUCGUUCGACUUUCAAAGAUCAUAUCACAAAAUUUUCAUUGGCAUGCCGUGAAACAAUAUCGAAAGAAAACAAUUCAUGA